AGUUAACAGCUGGGCGUGGGCACAGGCUCAGUUGAGUGGUGGAGCAACACUAACAAGUUGAUUUGACCGUGUAGACAGCAGAAAGACGAAGUAUUAAAGUUACAAACGGGACAUACAGGGACAAUCCGCCUUUACAGUCACGAAGUUUUUCCAGUGGAGACUCGAUUAAAAAUCCCGAACUGCCCGUUCGGAUGAAUGGAAGAGUCUGUGAAAUACGCACAAAAGAUGCUGUAGUAUAGCGUACUCUCAUUUAUGCUUGCGCUGGAUUUGGAGCACAAAAGACUCGUUGUGUUAUACCCCAUCACUAAGGAAAAGUACCGAAACGAUGAAGGGAAGGAUGGCAGCACUUCAACUCUGUUUGUGUAUCUUGGCCGUGAAGGUGGUUCUCGGCGAGGCUUGUGAGCAGUUCAGAAACACGGGAGAAUGUUGUAGCAUGUGUCCUGCGGGUACUGGCAUGGCAAACAGCUGUGGCCAUGAAGACACGGAGUGCCAGCCGUGUCAAGAUGGCGUUUCGUUCUCCGACUCUGAGGGUCUUGCCGUUUGCCGGCUGUGCGCCCGCUGCCCCAUGGGCAUUUCUGAGUUGGCACGCUGCACAACCAAACAGGAUACCCAGUGUGACUGCGGUGAGCAUUUCUUCCUGUGGCGGGACGGUAACAGCACGAGCGGGUUGUGCAACUCCUGUUCUGUGUGCGGUAAAGGAAGCGGAGUGGUUCGGCCCUGUGGCCCACUGGGAAAUACAGUGUGCAAGAGGUGCCAACCAGGGACUUACUCAAAGGAGAAAAGCGACAUGAAACCCUGCAUACCCUGUUCACGUUGUGGUCAGGACGAGGUGGAGAUCAGAUCCUGCCAGCCUGACUCUGACACUGUCUGUAUGGUGAAAGACCUCAACAUUCUGUCCCGGCCGUCCAGUUCUGAUGGUCCACGGGAAUUCCCCCGAUGGCCGAUUAUGAGCGAGGAGAUGGACAACAGGAGCAGCGCGAGUCCAGACUCUGGGGAUCCUCGACUCACACCACAGGACUUAGGUGGCAGCAACAACAUCCUGGUUUAUGUAUCUGUAUUGGCUGCUGUUGUGCUUGGCCUCCUGCUGUACGUCGCCUAUAAAUGCUGGAAGUCGUGUCAACAGAAGCAGGCUCUGGUGAAAGCUCGAGUUGGAGAGCUGAACAAUGCUGGGGAAGGAGAGAAAUUACACAGUGACAGCGGUGUGUUCCUGGACUCACACAGCUUGCAGGACAGCCAGCCCAGUAAAGGCAGUAAACGGGACAGCAAACAGGACACGCGGCUUUACGUGAAUCUGCCCCCUCACAGAAAGGAGGAGGUCGAGCGAGUUCUCGCGGAGGGGGGCAGUCGGAGCUGGAGGCAGCUGGCCGCCACGCUUGGUUACGAACAGGACUGCGUGGACGUCUUCGGACGGGGCCAGGACCCCAUCCACACCCUGUUGACUGACUGGGCGCAGCAGGAGGGCUCCACACUUGGCCUUCUAUGCUCGGCUCUCACCCGCAUCGAGCGGCCGGACAUCAUCGCCGUACUCACCUCCACCACGCAAGGAAUGUCAGUGGUCUGAACUUGAAUAAAAAACUCUUCAUUAAAGUGAAAGAGACACCGUAGAGUUACACAUGAGGAGCGUUAAAAGACUCGGAAGAACAGGACUGCAAGGUUUUUAUUCAUCAUAACAUCUCACUUUAGAAUUUCCUUUCAGCAGCCUCACCCCAUCGAGACCGAGAUGUUUCCUCCAGUAUUCACAAACACUUCAUGUUUUAUAAAAUCCGCUUUGUAAUGUCCAAUCAAACUCCAGAGACUCAUCCAUGCAGAAAACUUUCAUCAUCAGUGCUGUUGUGGCUUCUGCGCUUCAUAUCAAAGAACACAGACUUUUAUAGCCUUGCAGAUGAAUUUUCCAUUUUUUGGUCUCAGUGCAAAAGAAGUGUAGUGUGUUUAAUGCGGUCAUGUAUUUAUAUUUGAGGGCUUCUGCUUCUGAGUUGGAUGAAGUGUGCAGCUUCGAUAAAGUGUCUGGUUGAAGUUUGAUCAUUUCCAGAUUGAAAGGAAAACCACUAAAUGAGUAAUACAAGAGAAUUGAAUAUACUGCAAUUCCCAGAUCAACUGGCAUUCGUUUUAAACAAUGUUAAGUUGUUCUGAGAAAAAAAGAUAUCAUUUGUUUGCAGAUUCCACUUGGUUCUAUGUCCACUUAGUUUUGUUAUCUAAUGCGAUGACAUUCUGUUUUCUGUAAGUGUUCAAAUACUGUAUAUAGACACAAGUGCCUGGUUUGCACUUUAACCAACAAUGCAACCUAAAAGCAAUAGAAGCUCACCCAGCUUACGCUCUUCUGAGUUACGAGAAGAAAAACCUCUCUGGUGCCUUGAUUUUGAAUGCUCAGGUUUGUGCUUUGCUGGUUUACGCCUCAUUGUAUGUAUUUGUAGGUAAGUUUCGUAUUUUAGUGCUGGGAGUUGUGGGUGGUUUCUGUGCCGAGAUGCUUUUUAUGUUCAUAACAUCAAUCACUUAUUUUUGUUCUUUUUAUUCAUAAAUUGUUUAUAAUUGUCUUUGUAUUUUUGAAAAAUAAAUAAUACAUUG